AUGGGCAUCAACAACCCUCUCCCCGCCUCCAUGGCGUCCGAAUGCAAAAAGUGCGGCAAGAUCCUCACGUCGUUUAUCAAUCCGCGACAGGCGUUUGGCCCGGACAAGAUCAUCCCGCCGUCGGUCCUCUCCAAUGCAAAGGGCCUCGCCAUCAUCACCGUCUUCAAGGCCGGAUUCCUCGGAUCUGGUCGAUUCGGCAGCGGCCUUGUGGUCGCUCGGCUGCCUGAUGGUACUUGGAGCGCUCCCAGCGCUAUUGGAACGCUUGGAGGAGGUUUUGGCGGCCAGAUUGGCUUCGAGCUGACCGACUUCGUCUUCAUCCUCAACGACACCUCGGCCGUCAAGACCUUUGCACAGGCCGGGUCCAUCACCCUGGGAGGCAACGUGUCAUUGGCUGCGGGACCCGUUGGUCGCAAUGCCGAGGCCGCCGGUGCAGCUUCGCUCAAGAGCGUGGCCGGCAUCUUCAGCUACUCCAAGACCAAGGGCCUGUUCGCCGGUGUGUCGCUCGAAGGAUCGGCCAUCAUCGAGCGCCGUGACGCCAACGAGAAGCUCUAUGGCACGCGGUACACUGCGCAGCAGCUGCUUACGGGGUCUGUGCCGCCUCCGCCGCAGGCCGCUCCUCUCAUGACCAUUCUCAAUUCUAGGGUAUUUGCCGGCAUGAGGCAGGGCCAGUCCGACGACACCAUGUACAACGAUAUGCCCGUAUACGACGACAACCACGACGAUGUCGUCUGGGAGGGCCGCCAGGGAGCUGCCUACGGUGAAGGCCAGCGGUCCAACCGCUCGAGAUCAAACACUUGGCAGGACGAUGUGUACGACAGGGAGAGCUUCAAUGCACCGUCGCGCUCAAACACGAUGGGUGGUGGUACGAGAGGCUUUGGCGACGACUACAGGUGGCAUGAUGCGCCGGCAGAGAAGAAGGUUCCCCCUGGCCGUCCCACUGCUCCAAAGCCUUCAUUUGGAAACCGACAGGCUGCAUUGAAGUCGAACGAGGCUGUGGCCAUGUUCAACUUUGAUGCGGACCAGCCUGGCGACUUGGGCUUCAAGAAGGGCGAUAUCAUCACAAUUCUGAAGAAGACGGAUAGCGAUAACGACUGGUGGACCGGUCAAAUUGGAGCACGACACGGCAUUUUCCCGAGUAACUACGUCAAGAUGAGGGAGUAA